GAAGAACUUGAAUUGAACCAGAUCUCCUCCGUUCGAACCGCCCCGAUUUUAUUCCGCGGAAAGAUUGACAGGCAGUUGGGGUUGGAAAGGAAGAGAGAGAAGGUCACAAGUCAAACGCAACUCUGUAGAGAAGAGGGAGAGUGCAGGGCAAGUUUAGAGAGAAUGAUCCAGGGCGGCGGAGGAGUUGGAGACGAAGAGAAAUGGCUGGCUUCAGGUAUCACCGGCCUUCAGCAGAAUGCCUCGCUCAUGCAUCGUUCUCUGGACUCGAACAAUCUAAGAGACGCUCUGAAGUACUCUGCGCAGAUGUUGUCCGAGUUACGGACUUCACGGUUACCGCCUCACAAAUACUAUGAACUAUACAUGCGAGCCUUUGAUGAAUUGAGGAAGCUGGAGAUGUUUUUUAAGGAGGAGACUAGACGUGGCUGCUCUAUCAUUGAUCUUUAUGAACUUGUGCAGCAUGCUGGCAACAUAUUGCCCAGGCUGUAUCUUCUUUGCACAGUUGGAUCUGUCUAUAUCGAGUCAAAAGAAGCACCUGCGAAAGAUAUACUCAAAGAUCUAGUUGAAAUGUGCCGUGGCAUACAGCAUCCUGUCCGUGGGCUCUUCUUGAGGAGCUAUCUUUGCCAAGUUAGUAGAAAUAAGUUGCCAGAUAUUGGUUCUGAGUAUGAAGGGGAUGCUGACACUGUCACAGAUGCGGUUGAUUUUGUUCUCCAAAACUUUACAGAAAUGAAUAAACUUUGGGUGCGGAUGCAGCAUCAGGGACCUGCUCGGGAAAAGGAGAAACGAGAGAAAGAAAGAAGCGAGCUUCGUGACCUUGUUGGGAAGAAUCUACAUGUUUUAAGUCAGAUUGAAGGCAUCGAUCUUGAGAUGUACAGAGAUAUUGUGCUUCCCAAAGUCUUGGAGCAGGUUGUUAAUUGUAAAGAUGAUCUUGCACAGUACUAUUUGAUGGAUUGUAUAAUUCAAGUAUUUCCCGAUGAGUAUCACUUACAGACUCUUGAGACACUCUUGGGUGCAUGUCCUCAACUUCAGCCAUUAGUUGACAUUAAAACGGUGCUUUCACGUCUAAUGGAAAGGCUGUCAAACUAUGCUGCAUCAAGCACAGAAGUUUUACCUGAAUUCUUGCAAGUGGAAGCUUUUAAAAAACUGAGCAAUGCUAUUGGAAAGGUGAUUGAAGCACAGGUUGACAUGCCCGAUGCUGGAGUUGUGGCUUUAUACUCAUCUCUUCUAACAUUCACUUUGCAUGUGCAUCCUGAUCGACUUGAUUAUGUGGAUCAAAUACUGGGAGCAUGUGUUAAGAAGUUUUCUGGAAAAGGCAAGCUUGAUGAUAGCAAGGCAACAGAACAGAUUGUUGCACUUCUUAGUGGCCCUCUUGAGAAAUACAAUAGUAUUGAGACUGCACUAAAACUUUCUAACUAUCCUCGAGUGAUGGAGCAUCUUGAUGAUGCAAAGACUAAAGUAAUGGCUGGUGUUAUCAUCCAGAGUAUAAUGAAGAACAGGACAUGUAUAUCUACAGCUGACAAGGUGGAGGCUCUGUUUCAAUUGAUAAAAGGGCUAAUCAGCGAUUCAGCUGACAAUCUUCAUGAUGAGCUUGAUGAGGAGGACUUCAAUGAGGAGCAGAAUUCAGUUUCACGUUUAAUUCAAAUGCUGUACAACGAAGACCCAGAAGAGAUGUUUAAGAUCAUAAACACUGUGAGGAAGCAUAUACAAACUGGAGGUCCAAAACGACUACCAUUUACUCUCCCACCUCUGAUUUUUAGUUCUCUUAAGUUGGUCAGAAAAUUGCAAGGAAAUGAGGAAAGUGUAUCUGGAGAAGAAGCAUCUGCAACUCCCGAGAAAAUCUUUCAACUUUUGAAUCAGGUGAUUGAGACUUUGUCAGUCGUUCCAGCACCUGAAAUGGCAUUGAGGUUAUAUUUACAAUGUGCUGAGGCUGCAAAUGACUGUGAUUUAGAACCUGUUGCUUAUGAAUUUUUCACACAAGCAUACAUCCUCUACGAAGAAGAGAUUUCGGAUUCUAGAGCACAGGUGACUGCUCUACAUCUAAUUAUAGGUACUCUGCAGAGGAUGCAUGUCUUUGGUGUUGAGAACAGGGAUACCUUAACCCAUAAGGCCACUGGGUACUCGGCAAAGCUUCUGAAGAAGCCAGAUCAAUGCAGAGCUAUUUAUGCAUGCUCUCAUCUUUUCUGGGUUGAUGAUCAAGUCAGCCUCAAGGAUGGAGAAAGGGUAUUGCUAUGUUUGAAGCGAGCUCAGAGAAUUGCUAAUGCAGUUCAACAGACACGUGAUAGCAGUGGAUUCAUCGCUCUUUACAUUGAAAUAUUGAAUAAAUAUCUCUAUUUCUUUGAGAAGGGAAACUCUUCUAUCACAGUAGAUGCAAUUCAAGGGCUUGUUGAGGCGAUUAAGACGGAGAUGCAAAGUGAGAACUUCAACCCAGAUCCGGCUGCCGAUGCUUUCUUUACCAGCACAUUAAGCUACAUUCAAUUCCAGAAGCAAAAGGGAGGCACUAUAGGCGAUAGAUAUGAAGCAAUUAGGGUAUGAAUUCUGUAAUGGUGGCAAACAUUGUAUUCUGUUUUUCUUUGUUUUGAGUUUUGGAUUUUUUUAAUGUCAUCAUUCAAUUAUGUUUAUUGUUGUAAAAAAAAGGUUAGCAGAUUCUCCUAGAUGGAGGAGGGUAUUCCAUUUUAGGUAUUAUUGUAAUGCACAUGUAACUUAUUAUGUUUGGGAUAAUUACUGAACCAUUUAAUUAAAUAUUAACAAACUAUAUACAUUUUAAUUA